AUGGCGGACCCACAAGAUAAUCGAUCGAGUGAAGAGCAGGAAGAGGAAGAAGAAGAAAUUGAUGACUCUAGCUACAAGACUAUCAAGGAUGCUGUGCUCUUCGCCAUUGAUGUCAGCCCCACAAUGUUAGAACGACCUCCCAAGUCAGAAGACAAGAAAGCAGAUCGUGACUCUCCGACAUCUGCCGCGCUAAAAUGUGCCUAUCAAUUGAUGCAGCAGCGUAUCAUCUCGAAUCCAAACGACAUGAUGGGCAUCUUAUUGUUUGGCACUGAGCAAACUGACUUGAAAGAUGGGGACAGCACGUUUCAGCAUUGCUACCUACUGGCAGACCUCGAUGUCCCAUCAGCACAAGAUGUAAAAAGUCUACGAGAUCUAGUCGAGGAUGAAGAAGAGGCAGAAAAGAUUCUUAAGCCUGCUAAAGAAGGCUACAGCAUAUCGACAGUGCUCUUCUGCGCAAACCAAAUCUUCACAACAAAAGCGCCCAACUUCUCCUCGAGAAGACUGUUCCUGGUAACAGACAACGACUAUCCUGCCAAAAUCAAGGCGGACAAAGAUACAGCAGUGACUCGUGCACGAGAUUUGUAUGACUUGGGUUGCACAAUCGAUCUAUUCCCAAUAUCUCAACCUGGCCAUACCUUCGACCGCUCUCGCUUCUACGAUGAUCUUGUGUAUCCCACAUCACCUUCAGAUCCAGACGCACCGAUUUCCCUAGCAUCCACGACCAAAAUCGCAAAGUCUGGUGAAGGCAUCUCCCUCCUUAAACAGCUCAUCUCAUCAAUCAACUCCAAAGCCACACCUCGCCGCGCUCUAUUCACCCUCCCUCUUGAACUGGGACCGGACUUCCGCAUUGGUGUAAAAGGCUACGUCCUGAUCAAACGCCAAGAACAUGUCAAGUCCUGCUACGUCUGGGUGGGAGGCGAGAAGCCCCAAAUCGCCACCUCCUCGACGUCGCACUUGGCCGACGACUCUGCGCGUACCAUCGAAAAGACAGAGCUGCAAAAAGCCUACAAGUUUGGCGGCGAGGCGAUUACCUUCACUCCAGAGGAAAUCACCAAAAUACGACAAUGUUUUGGUGAUCCCGUGAUCCGCAUCAUCGGCUUCAAGCCCAUCUCCUGUCUCCCUCUAUGGGCAAACGUCAACAAAGCAACGUUCCUCUACCCCUCAGAAGUAGAUUACAUAGGAUCUACCCGGGUCUUCGCCGCCCUUCAGCAAAAAUUGCUCAAAUCCCAGAAAAUGGGCCUCGUAUGGUUCAUAGCGCGCCGCAACGCCUCACCCGCCCUCUGCGCCCUCAUCCCCUCCGAGGAAAAACUCAACGCAGACGGUGAACAAACCACACCACCAGGCCUCUGGCUCAUCCCCCUCCCCUUCGCCGACGACCUCCGCCAAUUCCCCGAACCACCCGACAGCCCGCUCAGAACCACAAACGAGCUCACCGACAAAAUGCGCCUCAUCAUCGAGCAACUCCAACUCCCAAAGGGCAUGUACGAUCCCUCAAAGUACCCAAACCCCAAUCUCCAAUGGUUCUACCGCGUCCUCCAGGCCCUCGCCCUCGAAGACGAAAUCCCCGAGAAACCAGACGACAAGACGAUUCCGCGCUACAAGCAAAUCGACAAGCGCUGCGGCGAGUACAUUGAGGAUUUCGCACGCGAGUUCAACGUUGCGUUUGCGUCGCAGCAGAAGACGUCGUUGGCGGAUCGGACGGCGAAGAAGCGCGGGGCGGGUGGACAGGAGAUGCCAGCUAAGCGGGUGAAGAAGGAGCCCCAGGCUAAGCAGAUAGAGGGCGGUGAUGACGAGGCUGGGAUGACGGAUCAACAGAUGGCCGAGUUGAAUGAUAAGGGUCAGAUUAGCAAACAGACUGUUGCUGUGUUGAGGGAUUGGCUUGCGCAGAGGGGACAAAGUACGGUGGGGAAGAAGGCUGAGCUGUUGGAGAGGGUACAGAUGUAUGUCGAGGGCAAGGGACUUUGA